AUGGCAAAUUCAUUAUCGAAAAAAAUUGAACGCAUAGCAAAUAUAAGUUUAAAUCAAAUAGCAUAUGAACAAUCAACAUAUUUACAUUGGUUCGCUCUUAUUGUCUACCAUCCAUUUGUGCUUGAAUAUCAAUCGAGAAGAAUCAAUAAAUAUUUAAUUGAACAUGAUACACAAGAUUCAAAUUUUGAUGAAGACAAAUCAAAUAAAUGUUUUGCUGAAUUACUUAAUUACUUUUGUGCAAAUAUAUAUCAAGAUGCUAAAAUUAAUUUACUUAAUAAUAUUAAUCAAGAUUUAUUUAUUGAACAAUUAUUACCCUGUUCAAUUGUUGGCUAUGAAGAUUUUAUACGUCUCGAUUGGUUUCGUACAAUCUUAGGAUGGCAACAUCCAGAUUAUGCUUGUUAA